AUGGAUAAAAGGACUACUCCAAGUUGUCCACAAGACUUAAACGAAACUCCAAGUUCUCCCCCUUCCCGAGUAGGAAAUUAUGCUGGUCUUUUAAGGCACAGCCAACACUCCAGAUUCAGUCCCAGAAGCAACUACAAUUCCAAUCAUCCUCACUUACAGUGUGUGGAAGAAAGCGAUGAAGAACUUGAGAAAACUGCUAAGAGCGAUUCUGAUCAAUCCAAUUACUCAACAGGAAACGCUAUAGGAGUUUGUUACGGUCAAAGAUUCCAUACACAUAACUCCCAAAAGCUCACCAAUGCCUGCUUUCAAUCCACUCAAAGUGAGAAAGUGGCCGAUGUUCAUUAUCAGUUAAGUGAGUCCUUUCAUAGUUAUCGGAAUUCAGAUAAAGACCAAAACGAUUCUUCGGUGUCUCAUGAGAGAAUUAAAGGCACUGAUAUAAGCAAAAAGCAAAAUAGCUACAUUCCUUGUUUAACCCGAUCCGCCAUUUUGAAACAAUGUGAAUUAGAAAGUUCAAAUAAAAUUAGUGCAUACAACUAUCAUCGAUAUCACAGAGAAUCGUCUUUUCCUGAGAGCCUUGGUAAAGUUGAUAAGGAAGUGCAUGCUCGUAUAAGUGGAGCUAGUUCAGGGGACACAGAAGACAAUAUCUUCACCAUUGGGGGUCAAAGGGUGGUCAUUUCUUCUGUUCAUUCUGACGACGAAGCCGACGUAUCCAAACCAAGAGAAAACAAUUUGGUAGUCUCAGGUCGUAGGAUCGAAAAUCCAGAAAGACAUUCAGAAGACUCUACGACAACGUCAGUAUCAAUCGAGAAGAAAAGAAGACGAAGACAAUGCGUUUCGGAGUCUUUUUCGAUAAUAUUUUUUGCGGGCUUCAUCAUUUUAUCUUCAUUGGCACCCUGGCUUUCAAUUCCUUCCUAUGUUGUGUCGAAUCCUGAUCAAGAUAUGUUUAAACUCAUUAUGUUCCUCUGUGCGCUCAUCUCUUUUAUGUUUCUCUUUAUCGGCUGCAUAAUAGGUAACUUUUACUGGUAUUUCGAUGGGCAAACCGGCAGAUGGCGGGUCAUGUUACACUGUGGAAAAGGUCCGAAACCGUAUUACUGGGGUUGGAAUUUCUCUUCUGAACGAAAUAAGUCUCAGAAGAAUCAGUCUGAGCAUAUAGAAACUGUAUAAUUCAUUACCGAGCGCUAUAAGCUCUGCCUCACCCCCCAUCCCCCAGUGGCUCAGCAGAAAGAUUGAGAGCUCAUUACGCUACGUUUCAGGACUCGAUCCCCACUGUAGGCAUAGCACAGAUAAGAUGUUU